CGGCGUUGUCAAGCUCCGGGCAGCCAGGCGCCGGGGCAGCCUCAGAGCGUCCGAACGGGUGAGGGCUGCUCCCUCAGCUGACGGGGCCGACGCCGGAGCCCUCGACGCCGUCGACGGGUCGGUGGAAUCUCUGCCUGGCUUACUAGUGAGGGUGCGCCCUAGCACGUCGAACGCGACCCUAACACGUUGGACGCCGACGCUUCGGUCCUGGAACCAUGCCCGCCGUCGACGCCAGCGGGAACCGCAUCGCCCGCACGCUCGACGGCGGCCCGCCGCAGCGCGCCGUCUACAUCCCGUCGCCCGUCCCGUCGCCGGAGCCGACGCCGCGGAGCCCCGAGCCGACACCGCUCCCGACGGAGCGCAAACUGCCGCGCCAGGUCAGCCGCCGCAAGGUCGCGCCCCUGAGCCCGCCGACGAGCCCGACGAAGGCCGAGCGGUCUCGAGGGACUAUAAUAAAUGACCGAAAACGGGCCUCCUUCGACGCGUACGAGCCUUCCCAUGUGAAGCCGGCCGCCGUCGCGCUGAAGGACUGGGCGCCGACGACGGCCGUGGUGAGACGGCCCGCAGAACGGACGCCAGUAUGGGACGCGUACCACCAGAAUAACUUUCCUCCCCGUUCAAACAAGGAAGAAGGCACUGUCGAUGUCCGCCCGCUCUUCCGGAGCCACAAGGUCGCCGUGCAACGCCGGGCGGCGCAAGUCGGUUGCGUCGGCAUGGCGCACAACGACCCCUUGUACUUACCAGCCCAUACGGCCGCGGCCAUCGACGCGCCGACGCUCCAAAAGUUAAGGGAGGCCGGUUCUGAGUUAAAAAGGGGCAUCUGUGAACGUAAACAUGUGACUACUUUGAUGGAGUGCGCCUUCGAGAACCCGAUCGUGGCGUCGGCGAAAGCUAGGUAUUGCCGCGAGGAUUUGGGUUGUACUUCCAUGAAACAUUGUACGUAUCCAAAAGUGUGCGAGUGGAUCGCGCGCGAACGGAUCAAGCAGUUAAGGACGUCCAAGAGACCCUUCGGCGACGUCGGUCGACGGUUCAUCCCUUUGCCUGCUUGUUGUGAUAAUCCCGCCUGCAAUGUUUGCUCUGCCGCUCUCUCCCCACAGCAAGUCAACGCGCUCACACCGGAACUCCGACAGAUGUACGCCGUCUGGAAAGGGUUAGUCGGCCACAACCAAGCUGGUGUCACGCUACCCGGUACGACCGAAUGCUUGGAGUCUCAUGGUUUACCGAUGCCUCUCGAGGAAGUCGAAGAAGUUUUCCAGAGAUACGACGCCGAUGGCGGCGGCUUUUUGGACUUCGACGAGUUCUGUGGGAUGUUAGAUGAUCUACGGGUGGGCGACAAAAUAGUGAAAAAACGGGUCACGAAGUAUGUCCUCUCCGAUAAAUUGCGCUCGCAAUUGGAUCUGGAUGAUGAAACAGUCGCCUCAUUGACCGUAGCCUUCGGUCAGUUUGAUACGAGUGGUGAUGGAUUACUCGACCUCGACGAGUUCUCGACAGCCAUGCGCAACUUGGGCCAUGAUUUGACGGACGACGAGUUCAAAAGUGUACUGGGCCAGGUCGACAAGAAUAGGAACUUCGAGAUCGAUUUUGGGGAGUUCUGCCAGCUCAUGGGCAAAUGUGAAGAUGGACAGUUUAAUGUCGGGACGUCGGUACUACAAGGUGCCUUCAAGGGGUCGUUGGGGCUGGAGAAGAUCAAGAAGCAGGUGGAUGAAUUGGUGCGGGAGGCGACGGAUCAACAUGGGCGGAAGCUGGGGUACAAGAACCUGCCUCAUGGAGUCUCGGACUUGACGCUGCACGCGACGAAGCCCUUUCCCUCCCUGGAGGCGACGUUUUUAGGUGAAGUGCUGGUUGGGACGCCGUACGAGGGCCGCUUACUAAGACUGAGGAUUUCGGGCGACCACUGCUACCCCGUGUCGCCGCCGCGCGUCGCCUUUACACGCCGGGUCAUACACCUAAAUUUCGACGUCGCGCCUUCCGGCGAGACCUUCGUGUCGCAAUUACUAAACACGUGGAGUGGUAUGUGCGACGUCAAGUGGCUCCUGGAUCGCAUCGUCCAGCUCCUGAGGGAGCCGGAGCCUGAUUUGGUUCCGGCCGCGGCGCGGCCCGAGAACGCGUUAGCUAGGGACGGCGACGAGGACGGCGACGGCGGUAUUGACGACGAGGCGGGCGCGCGGGGCACGCAGCCGCUGGGCAACGACUUGAGAGUGAAACGCCAGGCGGACCGCCUCGCGGCGGAGUUGUUUCGUCUGCACCGGGACCGGCCGCGGAGAUAUAAGGCGCUCGCGCGCCAGCACGCGCUGCGAGACCUAGAGGAGGCGCUUCACGUGCCCGCGGCGCUCGACGCCGCGAGCGACGACGCCCCGGAGCUCCCCGUGCCGCCGCCGGCGGAGAGCUCCACCGAGGACGAGGACGAGGCAUCUGGCGCGGGGUCGCCCGCGCGGCGGCGGCGGGCGAAGAGCGACAAGCGGAGCGUGGGGUUCGCGUUCCCCGCUUAAGUUUACUGGUGUGUUG